ACAAAUCAUUACACAUUCACCACAAGAUUUUGUGUUAAGCUUUGAAAUAGUAUUGUUCCUUGAUAAUUGGAAGAAAAAAAAUGGCACAUCACCAAAACAAGCAUGCUCCACCACCCCAAAGCGACGAGUACGGCAACCCGGUUCGCCAAACCGAUGAGUACGGCAACCCCAUUCCUCACGGUGGCGCCACUACCCGCACCACUGGGUAUGGAACCACCACCACUGGCGCCACUGGUGGUCAGGAAGGACACAAGCUUCAUCGCUCUGGAAGUGGAAGCUCAUCAGAGGAUGAUGGGAAAGGGGGGAGAAGGAAGAAGGGGGUGACGGAGAAGAUAAAGGAGAAGCUGCCGGGGACCCACAAGGAUCAAACUCACACAACUGCCACCACCACUCCUUGCGGUGGUCACCAAGUGCCCAUCACAGGUAAGCAGGGAGAACGUGCGCAGCCUGAGAAGAGAGGGAUCGUAGAUAAGAUCAAGGAGAAGCUUCCAGGCCAGCAUGGAACAUGAACAUCAUUAGACAGCUAGCUACGUCGAUGGACUAAUAAUAAUGAUAUGAAUAAUAUUAUACUUAUUAUUACUACUUUCUACUCGGGGUUCGUAUUCUGUCUACGUGUAUUGUGGAUAAGUUGUGUGUUUGUACGCUAGUCUUGUGGAGCCUUAUAAUGAGCUUACCAGUUAAGAGUCUUGGUACGGACAAAUUGUAGUUUCGGCUUGCUGUCCAAUAAACUGAUGUGUACCGCUUUAUGUUUGGUGCACAUCAUCCUGUGUGUUUGUACAAGUAUAUGUGCACUUACGGAUUAUGCUUACUAAAGUUUUAUUA